AUGGCGAUGGACAAACCAAGCCUGGAAAAUGAAGAGGAAGCAGAACAAGUGAAAGCACAAUGGGAGCCACAGGAUGACAAAACGCUGGACAAACUCAAGCAAGCUAUUGUCACAGGCCCAAUAUUGAAGAGACCCAACCCAAAGAGACGAUUCUACUUGAAAACGGACUGGUCAAACAACGCCAUGGGACCGGUCUUCCUACAAGCGGACACGACAGAAGAAGCAGGAGAGUCAAUGAGAAAAGAGAUCGAAGGAGGAAAAUGUGAGUUUGACAAAUCAAUGUCAAAACUCAGACUCAGACCAAUAGCAUUCAUAUCAAGAAUAUGCAAGGGCAAAGAGCGAGACAACAGGUCAAUGGGCGAUGAAGAAGUUCCGACAAUGGCUCAUCGGAAAAGAAUUUACUUGGAUCACGGACUGCAGCAGACUAACCAAGUUCUUUGA